GGCUGUGAGCCGGCCUUUCGUAAUUGCCCCCUCCCCGCGGCCCCCUCCCCGAGGCCUCCCCCUUCUCCCGCCCUCCCGCCCGCCCUCUCUCCCUCCCUCUUUCCCUCGCAGACCGACAAGGCAGCAAUUACGCUUUGGGGAUAAAACGAGGCGCAGAGAGCGGGCUGGGGCAUUUCUCCCCGAGAUGGCGGGUCCGACAGCUGCAGCCCUGUGGCCCGGAGCCCUCCUGCUUCUGCUGUGUAUCCUCCACCCCUCGCAGCCUGGAGGGGUCCCAGGGGCUGUUCCUGGUGCAGUGCCUGGAGGCGUCUUCUUCCCAGGCGCUGGUCUCGGAGGCCUGGGAGGAGCACUGGGCCCUGGAGGCAAACCACCCAAGCCAGGGCUUGGGGCCUUUCCUGGAGGGGUCUUCCCAGGAGCUCUGGUGCCCGGCGGCCCGGCUGGCGCUGCUGCAGCCUAUAAAGCCGCUGCCAAGGCCGGUGCUGCGGGGCUUGGUGGCAUCGGCGGCUUAGGAGUGUCUGCAGGUGCGGUGGUACCUCAGCUCGGAGCAGGAGUUGGAGUGAAGCCCGGGAAGGUGCCAGGUGUGGGGCUCCCAGGUGUAUACCCAGGUGGAGUGCUCCCAGGCGCAGGAGCUCGGUUCCCGGGUGUAGGGGUGCUCCCUGGGGUUCCCACUGGAGCAGGCGUCAAGCCCAAGGCCCCAGGUGGAGGCGGAGCUUUUGCUGGAAUCCCAGGAGUUGGACCCUUUGGAGGUCCGCAGCCUGGAGUCCCUCUGGGGUACCCCAUCAAGGCACCCAAGCUGCCAGGUGGCUACGGACUGCCCUACAGCACUGGGAAACUGCCCUUUGGCUAUGGUCCUGGAGGAGUAGCUGGUGCCGCGGGCAAGGCCGGGUACCCGACGGGGACAGGGGUUGGCGCACAGGCUGCAGCAGCAGCAGCAGCUAAAGCAGCAGCAAAGCUUGGUGCCGGAGGAGCCGGAGUUCUCCCAGGUGCUGGCAUUCCUGGCGGGCCCGGCGUGAUUCCUGGCAUCGGAGGCAUCGCAGGGGUCGGGGCUCCAGAUGCUGCGGCUGCAGCUGCCGCUAAGGCAGCCAAAUAUGGAGCUGCUGGAGGCUUAGUGCCUGGUGCGCCAGGCUUUGUCCCAGGAGCAGUCGGCAUCCCAGGAGUUGGAGUCCCAGGUGUUGGGGUCCCAGGUGUUGGAGUCCCUGGUGUUGGAGUCCCAGGUGUUGGAGUCCCUGGUGUUGGAGUCCCAGGUGUUGGAGUCCCAGGUGUUGGGGUCCCAGGUGUUGGAGUCCCAGGGGCUGUGUCACCAGCUGCAGCUGCUAAAGCAGCAGCCAAAGCGGCCAAAUUCGGGGCCAGAGGCGGAGUGGGAGUUGGAGGUAUUCCCACUUACGGCGUUGGUGCUGGGGGCUUUCCUGGCUUCGGUGUCGGAGUUGGAGGUGUUCCUGGGGCUGGCAUUUCCCCUGCAGCCCAGGCAGCGGCCGCCAAGGCAGCCAAGAUCGGUGCUGCAGGAGCAGGAGCCCUGGGAGGGCUGGUGCCCGGUGCCGGAAAAAUACCAGGUGUGCCAGGCGCUGAAGGGGUACCAGGGGCAGGGAUCCAGGCAGCGGCAGCCGCCAAAGCAGCCGCUAAAGCAGCCCCGUUCGGGGUAGUCCCGGGUGUUGGCGUGGGUCCCGGUGUCGGUCUGGUUCCCGGAGUCGGCGUGGGUCCCGGUGUUGGCAUUGGCCCCGGUGGUGUCAUAGGAGCAGGGGCCCCAGCUGCAGCCAAAGCCGCGGCUAAGGCGGCCGCCAAAGCCCAGUUCCGGGCUGCCGCUGGGCUUCCUGCCGGCGUUCCCGGAUUUGGAGCCGGUGUUGGAGUUCCUGGACUUGGAGUUGGUGUUGGUGUUCCUGGAUUUGGGGCAGGUGCAGUACCCGGAGCCCUGCCCGCAGCUAAAGCUGCCAAGUUUGGAGCAGGGGUCGGGGCCCUUGGAGAGCUUGGAGAUCUUGGUGGAGCCGGUGUCCCAGGUGGUGUGGCAGGAGCCGGACUUGAUGCUGCGGCUGCGGCUGCGGCCGCCAAAGCUGCUGCCAAAGCCGCCCAAUUUGGGUUGGGGGGAGUCGGUGGGCUCGGAGUUGGAGGACUUGGAGUUGGAGGGCUUGGAGUUGUCCCAGGGGCCGUGGGCCUUGGAGGUGUGCCCCCAGCUGCAGCUGCUAAAGCAGCCAAAUUUGGUGCCGCUGGCCUUGGAGGUUUCCUAGGCGCCGCCAGGCCAUUCCCAGCUGGAGGUGUCGCAGCAAGGCCUGGCUUCGGACUGUCUCCUAUUUUCCCAGGUGGCGGAGCCGGGGGCCUGGGAGUUGGCGGCAAACCUCCCAAGCCCUACGGAGGGGCCCUGGGAGCCCUGGGAUACCAAGCUGGGGCCUGCCUGGGGAAACCCUGUGGCCGGAAGAGAAAAUGAGCUUCCCGGGACCCCUGACUCACGACCUCAUCAACGUUGGUGCUACUGCUUGGUGGAGAAUGUAAACCCUUCGUGACCCCCCCCCC